AUAGAUUCAUCAGUAGAAGAGUUCAUAGACGGACAGGAAAAUCACAACACCAAGAAAAAGACCAAACACGAUGUUGCUCUGUUCCACGAAUUUCUUGUUUUGAAAGGCGAGACGAGACAAAUGGACGAAUUGACUCCUCAAGAGCUGAACAAGUUUCUCAGCGAGUUCCUUAUAACGAUUCGCAAAAAAGAAGACAACGAGGAAUACGAGCCCAUCGCUAGCUUUGAGCGCCAUUUGAAGAAAAAAAAAUAUGGACUUUGCCUAAUGAAAGACGUCCAGUUCGAGCAAACUCGGAAAGCGCUUCGUCAAAGCAAAGGGAUCUAAAACGGAAAGGCAAAGGCAACAAGCCUAAUGCCGCUGCUGCUUUAAGUGAGGAAGAUAUUCAAGUUCUGUAUGAAAAGGAUCUCUUGGGACGUUCCACGGCAGAAGCGCUUUUAAGCACGGUGUGGUUCAACAACACAAUCCAUUUCGGGUUACAAGGCUGCAAGGAGCACAGAGAAAUGUGUUGGGGAGACGUAAAACUUUGUCAAACUUCCACAGGGCAGGAGUACCUCGAAUUCAAUAAAAAAGAAACCAAAACUCGCUCAGGAAACGAUCCUCGAAAAGUAUAUAAGAACCACUGCACCGAAAAUGUUUGCUGUGUCGAGCAACGAGAAAUGUCCAGUAAAGGCCUACAA